CACACACACUCCCAUAUCUCCUGUGUGGUUUUUUAGGGUGGCACAGUCGUGUGCGUGUGUGUGAGUGUGUGUUUGUUCCCUUGCAGUACAGAGGACUGAUAACUCCCCAGGAUGCAUCAGCUGCUAGUGGUGACCUUAGUGCUGGUGGCACUCUGCUCCUUAGGGAGUGUGGAUUCUUCAGCUUAUGACAAGAUAGUCACCCACAGUCGCAUACGGGCCAGGAAUGAAGGACCCAAUGUGUGCGCUCUGCAGCAGGUCCUGGGGACCAAGAAGAAGUACUUCAGCACAUGUAGGAACUGGUACAAAGGCUCCAUCUGCGGCAAGAAGGCUGUGGUCAUAUAUGAGUGCUGUCCGGGGUACAUGAAGUUGGAGGGCAUGAGAGGAUGCCCUGCAGUGGCUCCCAUUGACCAUGUGUACGGCACACUGGGGCUUGUAAAGGCUACGACCACACAGCAGUACGCCGACAUAUCCAAACUGAGGGAGGAAAUUGAAGGCAAAGGCUCCUUCACCAUGUUUGCACCUAGCAAUGACGCUUGGGAUCAACUUGACACUACUGCACGGUCUGCACUGGAGAGCAACGUGAACAUCGAGCUGUACAACGCCCUUCACUUCCACAUGGUGAACCGCCGCAUUCUGACCAAAGACAUGAAGAACGGCAUGACUGAAACUUCCAUGUACAAUGACCUGGGACUCUACAUCAACCACUACCCAAAUGGGAUUGUGACAGUGAACUGUGCCAGGAUCAUCCACGGUAACCAGGUGGCCACAAACGGUGUGGUGCAUGUGAUCGAUCGGGUCAUCAGUGCAGUGGGCAACACUAUCAAGAAUGUCCUGGAUGUCAGCGAUGAACUCUCCUCCUUCAGCGCUGCAGCGUUGGCCUCUGGUAUGAUGGACAAGCUGGACCAGCCUGGCCACUAUACCCUGUUUGCUCCCACUAAUGAAGCCUUUGACAAACUGAACGCAGGCUACCUGGAGCGUAUCAUGGGCAACAAGGCUGUUAUUGCAGCCCUGGUGAACUACCACCUGUUGAACAGUGUCCAGUGUUCAGAGGCAAUCAUGGCGGGAUCAGUGUAUGAGACCGAAGAGGGCAGCACCAUUGAGAUCGGCUGUGACGGUGACAGUCUGACAGUCAACGGCAUCAAGAUGGUGCUGAAGAAGGACAUUGUCACCACCAAUGGCGUCAUCCACCUCAUCGACCAGGUGCUCAUCCCUGACUCAGCCAAGGAGGUGAUGGAGCUGAUGGGAGAAUCUCAGAGUACCUUCACUGACAUGGUGUCUGAACUGGGCUUGGCUGCUGCCAUGGGUCCACAGACAGAGUACACACUUCUUGCUCCUCUCAACUCUGCCUUCACAAAUGAGGUGAUGUCCACAGACCAGAGCCUGCUGAGACUCAUUUUAGAAAACCACAUCUUGAAGCUGAAAGUCACACUGAGUGAGCUCUACAACGGACAGCUGCUGGAAACACUGGCUGGCAAACUGCUCCGAGUCUUCAUUUACCGCACUGCCGUGUGCAUAGAAAAUUCAUGUAUGGUGCGCGGCAGUAAGGAGGGAAGCAAUGGAGCCUUCCAUCCCAUCAUGUCCCUCAUCAAACCGGCUGAGAAAACUAUCUACGAGCUCCUGAUUGCUGACGGACGGUUCAAGAUUUUCCUGUCACUGAUGGAGACUGCAGGUCUGACUGAUCUGCUGAGGCAGGAAGGCUCCUACACUAUCUUUGCACCAACCGAUGAAGCCUUUGAUGGCCUCAGUAAAGAGGACUUUGCUCUGCUCAAAAGUGAUCUGAACACUCUGAGAACCAUUCUGCUGUACCAUUUCAGUAAUGGUAUCUUCAUCAAUGGAGGACUGGAGGGAGGAGUCACCAAUCUGCUCAAAACCCUCCAGGGCAACAACUUGCAAGUUAUGUUUGUCAACAACUCCAUUCAUGUCAACUCUGUGAAUGUUCCAGACAGUGACCUGAUGGCAACAAACGGAGUGAUCCAUGUGGUGAAGAAUGUUCUCUAUCCUGGGGACCUUCCUGUGGGCCGCCAGGACCUCCUGGUCCUCCUGAAGAAGCUGAUUAAGUACAUCCAGAUCAAGUUUGUUUCUGGAUUUUCUUAUACUGAGAUCCCUCUCACCUUCAUCAAGAGGACCAUCACAACUACUCAUGUCAUUGAAGCAGAACCAUCUGUCACAAAGGUUACCAGGCCAAUAAUCACUAAGGAAACAAGAGUCAAAAUGGAACCAGUGGUCACCGAGGUGGUCAUCAAGGGGGAGCCGAAGAUCACCAAGGUAACCAGGGUCAUCGGGGUGGGAGAGUCCUCAGUGACAAAAGAAAUCGACUCAUCGGUCAUCGAGGCAGGAGACCCCUCUGUCACAAGAUUAACCAGAGUCAUUCAGGGGCAGCCUACCAUUACCAAGGUUACAAGAGUCAUUGGGGGUGGAGAUGAAGAUGGAAAGAGAAUUACAGGUGGAGCCAGACACACCACGGCGAACGAGCCUCAUAUCAUUGAGGGCCCAGACUUCUCUAGAAUCACCACCAUCCAUGGCAACCCAAAUCUGAUCGAUGAGGAAUCAGAGAGAAUUACCAGAAUCAUUAAAGAGGGAGGUAGAAACGCAGCUGCCAGGAGAGCUCCAAUUGGAGUGAGGAGAUCAAGACUGGUCAGGCGUCACCACAAGCCAAGGCAGUGAAGAAACACCUUCUGGCUCACCGCAGAGACUGAAUGCAUCUCCAUUGCUCCUGGUUGAGCGCUGGAGGAUUGAAAAAACUGUGGACCAACAGGGAGAGAUCAGAUCAAUCUAGCUUUGUCCAAACCACCAAUAACAAUGAGUGUUUACUAUUCCAUCUGGACCAUACUGUAUGUGAUAGGCAUGAUGUGUAAUAGCAAUGCAAUGACAUUAGAAUACCCUCCUUCAUGUUAAGUGAUGUAAGUGUGCAUGGGAAUUUUUUUGCCACGGGGUAGAUGGUGUGUAAGGUGAGAUAUAUUCUACCACAGAGAUUUUUUUUUUUUUUUUUGCUUUGUUUGUUUUGUUUUUUUGUUUGUUUUUUUGUUUUUUUUAAAUCAUGUCACUUUGUUAACUUGGCUUGGGAAGAUUUUUGUAUGCUUUCUAUGGUGCUUGCAUUCUGUACAGUGGAUGCAUUUUAAUGAAUACAACAGUGACAAACAGUGUUUUGCUACCAUUAGAUGCUGUACUGUACCUCUGUAAAUUAUCACAUGGUAAUUAAAAAAACACAAUGAAUUUUUAAA